UUAUAUUUUUAGAUAUUGAAUGUGAAUGAGUCGGCGUGUGAACGAGACAUACAUUUCAUGCGAAAUGUCAAUGGAUACAAUGUCAUUUUUGUAUUGGUGAAUUGGAAUAAUAAUCAUAAUCAGGGAAAAAAACGCCAAAAAGGUAUUAUUGCUUAUCAGUAUAAAAAGUUCGAGGUGGUUCGAUUGAUUGGUUUUUGAUAAAGAAACAAAAGGAAUUCAACAGUCAGUGAAAAAUGUCAGACAUUAAAAUAAAAGUUGGAAUUAUCGGCGGUUCUGGUCUAGAUGAUCCGGAAAUUUUGGAUGAAAGACGUGAAAUUUAUCGUGAAACACCAUAUGGAGCACCGUCGGAUGUUUUGGUUGAAGGUAAAAUCAAUGGCGUUGAAUGUGUUUUGUUGGCGCGACAUGGUCGCAAACAUUCAAUUAUGCCAUCAAACAUUAACUACAGAGCAAACAUUUGGGCAUUGAAAAAUGUUGGUUGCACACACAUAAUCGUAUCGACAGCGACCGGUUCGCUGCAAGAGGAUAUCAAACCCGGUGAUAUCGUCAUUCUCGAUAAUUUCAUUGAUCGCACCACAAAACGUAAUCAAACAUUUUAUGAUGGUAAAGAAUUGUCGCCAUUUGGCGUUUGCCAUUUACCAAUGGAACCAGCAUUUUGCGAAAAAACCCGCGAUGUUAUCAUUCAAACAGCAUGCGAUUUGGGUAUACCGGUGCACGAGCGUGGUACAGUGAUUACAAUUGAAGGUCCAAGGUUUUCAAGCAAAGCUGAAAGUUUAAUGUUCAAGCAGUGGGGUGCUCAAUUGGUGAAUAUGACAACCGUGCCCGAAGUUGUAUUAGCCAAAGAAGCCGGUUUAUGCUACGGCGCCAUUGCAAUGGCCACCGACUAUGAUUGCUGGAGAUCGCACGGCACCAAAGUCUGUGUAAACGAUGUGCUUGCCAUGUUCAAAUCAAACGUGAGCAAAGUAACACAAUUACUUCUUCAAACUGUUGUAAAUAUCGCCAAGGAGGAUUGGACUGAAACAAUUAACGAACUAAGCAAAACGACUGUGGAAAGUGUGAUGCUACCUCAUAACUAAGAGAUCACCUCAAUUGUGUGUGUGUGUCCAAUAUAAAAUACUAAACGCAACAACAUCCAAAUUACAUUUUGCCGCUAUAAGCAUGAUAAUCAUACAACGAUUGAUUGUCACAUUCCUAAUUUAUUCUUAUUUAUCCUUACGGAGCAUGCCAAAUCAGACAUUGUAUGAAUUUUAAAAGUAAAACUCCAGUAAAAUAUGAGAAAAAUGAAUGACAACAAACA